AGACGGAUCUCUCGUCGCUGCGCUCGAUUAGAAGGUCACACGUAAGUCUUUCCAUCCAGGCAUCUGUCUGUCCAAGAAGUGCAGUGGGAACGUCAGGCAUUGGAUAGGAGAUUCCAGAACUCGUUCGUCCCUACCAUUCCAACCACCAUGGCUGCGCCCUCCGCCUCCAAAGUGACUUUCAAGAUCACACUCACCUCGGAUCCGAAGUUGCCUUUCAAAGUAUUGUCCGUGCCGGAAAAUACACCCUUCACGGCUGUGUUGAAAUUCGCCGCCGAGGAGUUCAAGGUUCCCCCGGCCACCUCGGCCAUCAUCACGGAUGAUGGCAUUGGGAUCAACCCGCAGCAGACGGCGGGCAAUGUCUUCCUCAAGCAUGGAUCAGAACUCAGACUCAUCCCUCGGGAUCGGGUUGGGCGUUAUCUUUGAAAAUUGGAGAUCACCCAGAUUUGAAUGAAUUUUUGAUUUUUUACUUUGUUACUCAAAGCUUCUGACUCAAAUACAUGGGGGCCUUUAGGGGCUGGGGAGGUUGCCUGGGUCGAAUUAGGAAGGUUUAUUGAUAUAUCCCCCCGAUUUGUUUCGUAUUUCAG